UCGGCGCUCUUUCAAGAGCUGAAGGCCUCGCAGCCCUUCUUCCUCAUGGCCGGGCCCAACGUGAUUCAGUCGGAGGAGCACUGCCUGAAGAUGUGCCGGCAGAUCAAGGCCGUCACAGACAGCCUGGGCAUCAAGCUGGUGUUCAAGAGCUCGUUUGACAAGGCCAACCGCACCAGCGCCGCCUCCUUCCGCGGGCCCGGCAUGGAGGAAGGCCUGCGGGUGCUGAAGAAGGUGAAGGACACGUUUGGCGUGCCCAUCAUCACCGACAUCCACGAGAGCUGGCAGGCGGAGCAGGUGGCGCAGGUGGCAGACAUCAUCCAGAUCCCGGCCUUCCUGUGCCGCCAGACCGACCUGCUGGUGGCUGCCGCCAAGACGGGCAAGGUGAUCCAGAUCAAGAAGGGCCAGUUCUGCGCCGCCUCCGUCAUGCGCAACUCGGCGGAGAAGUGCCGGCACGCGGGUGAGGCCGGCGUGUGGCUGCGUGUGUGUGGGAGGCUGUGUGUGGGGGGCUUCGUGCGUGUCGACGACCUGGUGGUGGACCCACGCAACUUUGUGGCCAUGCGCGACGCGGGCUGCCCCGUCACCGCAGACGUCACGCACGCGCUGCAGCAGCCUGCGGGGCGGCCGCUGGAGGGCGGCGGCGUGGCCAGCGGCGGCAUGCGCGACAUGAUUCCCGCCAUUGCGCGCACAGCCGUGGCGUGCGGCGUGGAUGGGCUGUUCAUGGAGGUUCACGACGACCCCACCACCUCCCCUGUGGACGGCCCCACGCAGUGGCCCCUCAGGCACCUGCGGCGGCUGCUGGUGGAGCUGCUGGCCAUUGCGGGUGCCAGCAGGGGCAAGGAGGACUUCCACCUGGACCUCAGCCCCAUCAAGGAGGAGGACUUCGACCCGCUGGCGGUGGUGUGA